AUUGGAAAUAACAGGAAGCAAUAAUGAUAUCUGUAAUGAGAAUGCUGGUUUCGGUAAUAUUUGCUUUCUUAAACGUAAAUGUUAUUCAAUCUUCUACAACCACGGAUCCAAAUCUUUGCAGGCCUGGCGUUUGCUGUGUCAAUUACUUUUUACGAGGUGGCCAGUGCAUCGCGUGUGAUGUAGGAACUUUUGGCGAGAACUGUAGUCAGGUUUGUCCUGAUGGUUUCCAUGGUAAAUUUUGUUUGGGUCGGUGCCCGACAGAAUGUCAGCUGAGCUGUCAUAAGGAUACAGGGAAGUGUCAAGAAGAGGCGUACGAGGAAAAUACAUCGACGUUUCCAACAGGUCAACGGAUUCAGAAGUAUAAUAUCAGUGACGUAGAUAAGAAGUUAAGCAACAUUACAAGUUUUAUUCUGGGACUUCUGGCAUCACAUAUAGUGGUUGUAAUAGCGGUUCUUCUGUUACUUGUUGUUACCAGCUAUACAACUUUCCUCUCAACGAAAUACAACAGGAAAACUUCCCAGAGAGAUUAUCAGGCUGUUUACCAGUCAGACCAUGCUGGCGUUUCUAAGAAAGAGAAAUCAUCAACAUAUACAGGCCUUACAUUACAGAACCAGUCAGAGUAUUUGACCCCUUCUACUGGCCAGCAUUUGACUUCCUCUACUGGGCAGUACCUGACUCCUAUGGCCACAGAACGCAGUGGACAGUAUACAGAAGUCUUGUAAUAUCUUACAGAGAAAAACAACUGGAAAAAAAUAUAUACUGUUGAAAUAUUACGUAGGGAGGCAGUUUUAUUGAAUGAUGAAGAAUAAAAAUGCUCGAUCUUUGAUUUAGAAGUUUAAAAUUGAUUCAAACUGAAUUUUUUCAAAAUGAUUUCUAUGAAAGUAUUUCAUUCGGGCACUUGAUGUCAUCUUCUUAAUAAUUCAAGAAGUAUGAGAAUAUGGAGAAAACGAGCAUAAUUCACGCUUCACAAAAAAGAGAAGAAGACGGAGAGCAAACAUUAGAGAUGGGAUCAGGGGUCAUGGAAUAGCUACCAUCCCCUGCCGGCCAGUUACACCUGUUUCUUGCUCCUUGACACAAUCGUAAAAUAACAAAAUUAAGACGCUAGUUUUAAAAUAAAGAUUCCCUACAUUUUUAUCCUUUUUAAAAUAAGCAAUUAGAGUUCUUCAUUAUCAAUACUUACGUCACCAGUAGUAUGUGUUCUGCAGGACAAUAGUUGUAGUUAUGUCGCGUUUUCUAAAAUUAUGUUUUGAUUUUUUGUUAAUUUAUCACUAACAUGUUCUAUUAAAAUAUAUAAAAGUUGAAUUAAUAUACUGGUCAGAUUUUGUGAAAUUUUAAGCCAUCCGUUUGAAAAGCGGGGGGUAUAUAGUAUUCGGGUUGUCCAUCCGUCCGUCCAUACAUAUGUCUGUCU